AGGGAAUUCAGAGGGAUCGCGGUGAUAUUCGCUUGGGUUUCCGCUCACCCGGUGGAUUUGAGGAGCCUCGUCGAUUUGUAUUCCUCCCUCGGCUGGAAUUCUCUCGUUUCCCAUGCCGAUUUCCUCACCGCGUAACCCUCUCUCUCUCUCUAUUUGCUUGCUUGCUUUGUCUCUGUGUUUUGGUUAAAUGAGGGGGGAAUUUGAGCUGAAAAGAAGGACUGCAAGUUUCAGGAUGUUAUGUGGGGGAAACGGAAAUGAAGAACUUGCUUAAUCACGGCAAGUUUCAGGUUGCCAAACAUGGAUUUCUAUACGUAAUAUAGACAGAUGUGCUUGUUCCAGUUGCUGAAAGAUGGUACUGGUCUGUGCAUACUGGUUUGCAUCUAUGUAAUUCUGUCUCUUUUGGAUUCAGGAACUGGGUUAGUACAUUUGAUGCUCGAUGAUAUUCUGUUUUUUUUUUAUGCAGGUUUGAUCCUGAUAAAGCCAUUUCUUUGGCUUUUCUCCUCCUCAGUGAACUCGUCCAGGAGCUAAGGGUUCGGCCAUGUCCAGUUGUCUUUGUGGCUCUUUCUGGUGGUUCAAAAGCUUGCAUGUCCAAGGUUUUUCAGAUUAUCCAAGGGUCAUGUGAAGGUCACCUUAACCUGGAUGAAAGCCGUUUAGUUGGAAACUGUUUCUCUGGGCAUAUCUAUGAUUCUAGCCCAGUAGACUUUACAAGUGAUUUGGCUGCCCAGUUUGCUCUUCCUGUCAUUCAGAAAAUGCCCGGCCCAUCAAAAUUCAUGUCUUGGUUGGCAAAAGGGGUCACUUCUGGUCUUGACGGUUUGCACCUUACUAGGUUUGAGUACCAGCGUGCACAGUAUUGGCAGAAUCUGUACUCUUCAGCUGAGUUGGGGGCUCCAUACCUGAUUUUGUGCUCAGCUAAUGAUGAGGUUGCACCUUGUAACGUUAUCUGUGAAUUCAGCCAACAGCUACAAGUACUCGGGGCAGAUGUCGCUCUUCUGAAGUUGCAUUCUUCUCCUCACCUAGGUCACUACAAGCAUCAUCCAACCCCAUACAGCACUGCAGUGACCAAUUUCCUAGAGAAAGCUGCAUCAGUUUACUGUCAAAGAAUCCAACAACUAGAAGAGGGGUUAAAGAUGGAUGAUAUGCAUCACAAAAUAUCAAACUUAGUAUGCGACCUUCAGCAAGUGGCAGUCGACUCAAACGAAGGGUUGAAAAGAGUUCCACCAGUUCUGCCCAAUGAUGACUUCUUUGCACCAAGUUCUUCCAAAGACUAUAACAACAAAGAGUCGGAAUCUCCACAAGAUGAAGGGAAAGCCAGCUCCUCCAUAAACCUAACGAGCCCCCCCAGAAUCAGCGCUCAUGGCGUUCUUGGCCAGGCACUCUUCGAUGUUUGCGUCCCCAAGUAUGUGGACGGAUGGGAUAUCAGGUUUUCUGGAUGCCUCAAUGGGAAACCUGUUGCUUCUGCUGGCAAGCGCCCGCAUCUCCAGGCCUUGAAACGCUUUCGCCGCUCGAGAUUAUAGUGCUUGCAUGCUACGAGACGAGUUAGCAAGCCAGUGACGUGUUUCGGGGGACCAUUUUGAGGCUGGUCCAUGUUUUUUGGGAUGUAGAAGUGUACAGGCAAUGCAAGAAGUAUGGCGAUAUGUAGAGCAAGCCAAAUCCGCAAAUGCUGGGCGUGCAAAGGGUCCAAAGAUUUGCGUCGAGGCAUAGAGGAUAAGGUGUAAAUACUUAACUAUACUUGAAGAACAAAGGUACAUAUGUAGUCUUGGUAUUGUAAUGACAUAGAAACAAACCAACAUAGCGCAAUGCGUCGUAAUAUGUCGCGGUUGAUGACUUGAUGUACAAGUAUGUAUGAAAAAUGACCAUGUCUGAUGCUAAGUUAGAAAUUGUGUUUGGAACUGGGUUGCUAUUUUAGGGUUUGAUUGAAGGGGGAGAAAUGACUAAAGAAGCGGGAAGUAAGAGAAGCAGAUUUUUAGGACCAGGUAGCAGUUAUCAUCUCAAUGAACAG